AUCGGAAUUAUUGGUGGAACUGGCCUGGAUGAUCCGGAUAUCUUAGAAGGAAGAACAGAAAAAUAUGUUGAUACUCCUUAUGGCAAGCCAUCAGAUGCUUUGAUAUUGGGCAAGAUAAAAAAUGUGGACUGUGUGCUGUUGGCAAGACAUGGAAGGCAUCAUACAAUUAUGCCAUCGAACGUCAAUUACCGUGCCAAUAUCUGGGCAUUGAAAGAAGAAAAUUGUUCGCAUGUAUUAGUGACUACUGCCUGUGGUUCAUUACGAGAGGAAAUACAACCUGGUGAUCUUGUCAUAAUUGACCAGUUCAUUGACAGGACAACUAAAAGACAUUGUACUUUAUAUGAUGGGCAGCAUUCCACUCUUUCAGGAGUAUGUCAUAUUCCAAUGGCAGAGCCAUUCUGCACCAAAACCAGAGAGGUUCUUAUUGAGACUGCCAAGAAGCUUGGGGUCCAGUGUCAUUCCAAGGGGACAGUGAUCACAAUUGAAGGCCCACGUUUCAGUUCUCGAGCAGAAAGCUUGAUGUUUCGCAGCUGGGGAGCUGAUGUUAUCAACAUGACCACAGUGCCUGAAGUGAUUCUUGCGAAAGAAGCUGGAAUGAGUUAUGCUAGUAUUGCCAUGGCAACAGAUUAUGACUGCUGGAAGGAACAUGAAGAAGCAGUUUCAGUGGAUAAAGUUUUAAAGACGCUGAAAGGGAAUGCAAAUAAGGCUACUAGCAUACUCCUUACUGCUAUACCUCAGAUAAGUUCGAUGGAAUGGACCAGCACCCUGCAUACCCUGAAAACAACAGUGCAGUGUUCGGUCAUCCUGCCAAAGCAAUGACAACCUGGAUGGACCUUGAAGUUUG